UCUGAGGGCUUUUGUCCCUUCCGCGCCGCCGUAGCCAUGGGAGACAACAUGUCCAAGCGGCUCAAGCUCAUCACGGCUUCAGAGGCGGAGAUGGAGGAGCGGGCCUUCCCGAACCCGUACCCGGACUGGGACCAGGGGGUGGUGGGCUCCAGCUCAGGAGCAGAUCUGGCUGAUAAUGAGCCGCUGAACGCAGAAGGAAAGGUCAGUGCAGCUUUCCAGAAAAAAGUCCAAAAUAAGAUUAAAGAUCUGGUUCAGCAGAUGGAAGAAGGUCUGAAGACGGCCGACCCACACGACUUCUCCACUUAUACUGGAUGGACAGGCAUUGCCGUGCUCUACCUACAGCUGCACCGGGUUUCCCAUGAGCCUUCACACCUGCAAAGGGCGCUGGACUAUGUGAAGAGGGCCAUGCGGAUCCUGAAUGGCCGAAAAGUGACCUUCCUGUGUGGGGACGCAGGACCACUGGCAGUGGGAGCAGUGGUCCACCACCGGCUGAACAACAGCAGCGACAGCAAGGACUGUGUCAGCAGGCUCCUCACGCUGCAGCGGUCCGUGCUCAGUCCAGACUCAGACAUGCCAGAUGAGCUGCUGUACGGUCGUGCUGGUUUCCUGUUCGCUCUGCUGUACAUCAACAAGGAGAUGGGAGAGGACACAGUGGACAAGGAGACCAUCAGUAAGGUGGUGUCGUCCAUCUUAGACUCGGGGCAGAGUCUGUCCUCAGAUCAGAAGAAGACUGAGCGCUGUCCUCUGCUCUACCAAUGGCACAACAAGCAGUACAUCGGCGCCGCCCACGGCCUCGCAGGCAUCUACUACAUGCUCCUGCAGCCCGGUGCCGGGGUCCAUCCGGACCUCCUAUCCGAGCUGGUCCGACCCAGCAUCGACUAUGUGCGCCAUAAGAGGUUCCGCUCAGGAAACUACCCCUCCUCCCUCAGCAACGAGACGGACCGGCUGGUCCACUGGUGUCAUGGAGCGCCAGGUGUGGUCCAUAUGCUGAUCAUGGCAUAUAAGGUGUUUAAGGAGGACAAGUACCUGAAGGAGGCGUCAGAGUGUGCAGAGCUCAUUUGGCAGAUGGGUCUGCUGAGGAAAGGCUACGGCAUUUGCCACGGCACCGCCGGCAACGGCUAUGCCUUCCUGUCUCUGUACAAGGUCACCCAGGAUAAGAAGUACCUGUACCGCACCUGCAAGUUUGCUGAGUGGUGUCUGGACUAUGGAACCCAUGGGUGUCGGAUCCCGGACAGACCCUACUCUCUCUUUGAAGGUAUGGGCGGGACCAUCCACUUCCUGUCAGAGCUGGCCAAUCCAGAUGCUUCCUGUUUUCCCGCCUUUGAACUUUGAAUUGCGGCUGAAGUGACUGAGGACGCUAAUGUUAACACUAACGACUGAUCCAACCUGAUUGGACGCUAACGUGGGACUGAUCCAACCUGAUUGGACGCUAACGUGGGACUGAUCCAACCUGAUUGGACGCUGACAUGACUCCGUUUAAAACUGGAACGGUGUUUCUUUGUGCUCGACCUUUGACCCUCGGUGACCUGGGAUCAGACUGUGACCCUAAUUGGACACAGGUGUGACAUGAUGAGGAGGUGGGCGUGGUCUGAACCGUGGAAGAGACGCUUGGCCUCGGAGCACCACCACACCACCCUUUACAAGGACACGCCCCCAGCCUUUACAAGGACACGCCCUCAGCCUUUACGCCGAUGCGGACACAAGGACACGCCCCCAACCUUUACGCUGAUACGGACACAAGGACACGCCCCCAACCUUUACACUGACACAAGGACACGCCCCAGCCUUUACAAGGACAC